GUUGACAGUCCAUGACAUCACCAUGUCAUGAUGCUCGGAUUUGAUGUCACCACCUCUUGUGGCCGAUCGAUUUGAAAGACAUCAAAACGAAAUCACCUACCUACUUGAAUAAUGACCGCGAAGCCAAAAAACGAUCAAUCUUGUCGAUGAAAGUUUACUUCCAAACAUAACACCAACUUCCUCAGCAAUUCAUACCAAAAGUUAACUUGCCCAAACAUCUUUGUGCAAACUCGCCAAUCCCAUCAUUCCCAACUCAGUCAAACAGUCACUCAGCCACAAUGUCUGCCUUCAGAACCCGCUCGACUGCCACCGCCCUGCGCUCGCUCGGCGCCAAUCCACGCGCACCUAUUUCCUGGGCACGGGUUCAACAGUGUCGCGGCUACGCCUACAGUAAGGACGAGGCCCUCGAGAGCCGCAACAGCACCAGCAAUUAUUCCAAAGCCGCCAACGACGGUCUGGAGGGUAACACGGCCAAAGCCACGGUCAAGGGCGCGCCACCUUCUACACCCAAGGAGCCUCCGACUAGCAGACCGGCGUACAUGAUUGGAAUCGGCGGAAUUGUGCUCGCCAUCGGAUACGGCUUCAUCACUUUGUUGGGCAGUCCGGAGAAGGCGGCCGCGCACCACGAAAACCUGCCCAGUGCGUUGACCCCAGGCAAGGGCGUUGAUGUGGCUGCUACGCGGGGACCCAACCGGGCGUGAUAGUGCAUGGGAGGGAUGAUGAUCAAUGGUGGAAAACUCGAGUAAAUCUUUUCGCAAUUGGCCUUUGAUUCUAGGUGGUUGGCCAGAUGUCUAGGGACAAGCAGGAAAGACAAAUACUUUGUGCGCCAUUGGGCGUAUUGCGGCUUUAAUGCGGAGGCCUUACUUUUGGCCUAGGCGUGAUGGAGAGGCGAGCAAACUGGUGCUAUGACAAAGAUUAGACCUCGAUAACUCUAGGUCCUUAACAUGUCGGCUGAGUGAC